CGCGCUCCGCCUCCCCGCUCCCUCCCCCUCCCGGCGGCGGCUCGGGAGCCGGGCGCGGCUGGCGGCGGCCCCGGGCAGGACCAUGGCGGACGGCGUGGACCACAUCGACAUCUACGCCGAUGUGGGCGAGGAGUUCAACCAGGAGGCUGAAUAUGGUGGGCAUGAUCAGAUUGAUUUAUAUGAUGAUGUAAUUUCUCCAUCUGCAAAUAAUGGAGAUGCUCCAGAGGAUCGUGAUUACAUGGAUUCUCUUCCACCAUCUGUUGGGGAUGAUGUAGGUAAAGGAGCUGCACCAAAUGUUGUCUAUACCUAUACUGGAAAGAGAAUUGCCUUGUACAUUGGAAAUCUCACUUGGUGGACAACAGAUGAAGACUUAACUGAAGCAGUUCAUUCACUGGGGGUAAAUGACAUUUUGGAGAUUAAAUUUUUUGAAAAUCGUGCUAAUGGCCAGUCUAAAGGAUUUGCCCUUGUGGGUGUGGGAUCGGAAGCAUCUUCCAAAAAGUUGAUGGAUUUGUUACCUAAAAGAGAAUUGCAUGGGCAGAAUCCUGUUGUAACUCCGUGUAAUAAACAGUUUCUGAGUCAAUUUGAAAUGCAGUCAAGGAAAACCACACAGUCUGGCCAGAUGUCUGGGGAAGGUAAAGCUGGUCCCCCAGGAGGAAGCUCACGAGCAGCAUUUCCACCUAGUAAUAGAGGUCGAGGCCGUUUUCCAGGUGCCAUUCCAGGUGGAGACAGAUUCCCUGGACCGGCAGGGCCAGGAGGGCCACCACCACCUUUCCCAGCUGGACAAACUCCCCCACGUCCACCCUUAGGUCCUCCUGGCCCACCAGGCCCACCAGGCCCUCCACCUCCUGGUCAGGUCCUCCCACCUCCAUUAGCUGGACCUCCUAAUCGUGGUGAUCGUCCACCACCACCAGUUCUGUUUCCAGGACAGCCUUUUGGUCAGCCUCCACUCGGGCCACUUCCUCCAGGCCCUCCACCACCAGUUCCAGGCUAUGGGCCACCACCAGGUCCACCACCACCUCAGCAGGGUCCACCUCCACCUCCGGGUCCAUUUCCCCCUCGUCCGCCUGGCCCUCUUGGGCCGCCCCUGACUCUUGCUCCUCCUCCACAUCUCCCUGGGCCACCGCCAGGUGCUCCACCACCAGCACCACAUGUGAAUCCAGCUUUCUUCCCCCCACCUGCCAAUAGUGGCAUACCCACUUCAGACAGCCGUGGCCCACCUCCGACAGAUCCGUAUGGCCGACCUCCACCAUAUGACAGAGGUGACUAUGGGCCACCUGGAAGGCGUUUCACUGGAAAUAACAUGUCCAUAAGAGAAAAAUUACAUAUUCCAUUCUAUGGGAGGCACACGAAAAAUAAUACUCAAAACUCAGGGAGAGAAAUGGAUGCUGCGAGGACACCUCUAAGUGAAGCAGAAUUUGAAGAAAUCAUGAAUAGAAAUAGGGCGAUCUCAAGCAGUGCCAUUUCAAGAGCUGUAUCAGAUGCCAGUGCUGGGGACUAUGGAAGUGCUAUAGAGACCUUGGUAACUGCAAUUUCCUUAAUCAAACAGUCCAAAGUAUCUGCAGAUGAUCGCUGCAAAGUACUUAUUAGCUCUCUUCAGGACUGUCUUCAUGGAAUUGAGUCCAAGUCUUAUGGUUCUGGAUCCAGAAGACGUGAGCGAUCCAGAGAGAGGGACCACAGUAGGUCACGAGAAAAAAGUAGGCGCCACAAAUCACGUAGCAGAGAUCGUCACGAUGACUAUUACCGGGAAAGAAGCCGUGAGAGAGAGAGGCAUCGUGAUCGUGACAGAGAUCGUGACAGAGAACGAGACAGAGAGAGAGAAUAUCGUCACCGUUAAAGCUGAAGGAAGAGGAACAGCGUGCAAGAAAAGAUACAUUCUUCAAGGAAAGAUGCUUGUCCAGCAGUUUGCUUCAUGUGAUUGAACUGAGCCUGUAAGGAUUCAUGGAUAAUAUGAACAGGAAUAGAUCUGAAUAAAGCAAAUCUGCAUACAUGGUAACCAGUAGCUCUUUUACUUUUUUAUGUUGCUUAACUGUUUUAUUUGAGGGAAACCUGUGUGAUUUAAACCUUAUAGCUUUUGCAACUUUAUUACUGGUUAUAUACAUUUGGCAAUUAUAAUGUGCAAGCAAUUGAAAAAAGUCAAGUAAAUGCUUGUUUUUAUAGUAGUUUGUUCAUGUUAAACUGUUCAUAUAAUGUCUGUAUACAGCACCACUGAUUACAGUAGAUGUAGUGUUGUAAUAAACUGUUUAAUGGGG